AUGGAUCGUGUAAGCAGCCUACCUAACGAGCUUCUUUGCCAUGUAUUGUCUUUCCUUACGACAAAGGAAGCUGCUUUAACAUCGGUUCUCUCAAAGAGGUGGCUCAAUCUGCUAGCUUUUGUCCCAAAUCUUGUUCUUGAUGACUCUGUGUUUCUUCAUCCUCAAGAAGGUAGGGAAGGGAUUCUUCAGAGCUUUGAGGAUUUUGUGAAUAGAGUGUUGGCUUUGCAGUGUAAUUCUUCCAUUAAGAGAUUCUCCCUCAAGUGCGGAAAUGGUGUUGAUAAAGAUGGUUUGAAUCGAUGGAUAUGUAAUGUGUUGCAUCGUGGUGUCUCGGACCUUGAACUUUUCAUGAAUGACGAUCGUUAUGUGCUGCCUCAAGAGACGUUCGUCAGCAGGACACUAGUCAACCUGAAGUUAACUACUAAAUUUCGUCAUGAUUCGUGGCCUGGUGUUGAAGGAGCUCUCUUACCAAUGCUUAAGACUCUGAUUAGUAACAGAGGUUGGGUUUGUUCAGAUAAGCUCGAGAUACUUCUCCGUGCUUCCCCUCUGCUUGAGGAAUUACACAUAAGAGCCGGUCUUAGGCGGAAAGGAACGGGUGUCACCGUGUCAAGUGCAAGCCUCAAGAAGCUAACUAUUUAUGCUGGUUUAAUAGGCUUCAAAAAUCCAAAGAGCAUUUGUUUUGAUACUCCAAAUCUGCUUUACCUCAAGUAUUUUGAUCUUGUCACGGAGGAUUAUCCAAAACUUAACUUGGAGCAUUUGGUUGAGGCUCGACUCAACAUUAUGGCACGGGAAUGUCAAUUAAAGCUACUAAGAGGGCUAGAUAUUGAGGAGGACGAUGAGGUUCGACCAUUUGGAAAUGUGUGGAAGCUCAUGAGUGCCAUAAGAAAUGUUCGGAAACUUAGCUUAUCUUCUUGUACUCUCGAGGUGUUUUCUGUGUGCUGUGAAUCAAUGCCGGUGUUCCACAACCUCAAAUGGUUAAAGAUUAAGAGUAGUGAGCUACGAGGAUGGCAAGCAAUGCCGGUUCUCUUAAGGAACUGUCCACAAUUAGAAACUCUAGUCCUUGAGGGUCUUGAACACUAUGUUACAGAUAAAUGUGGGGAUGCUUGUGACUGCAUUACUCGGGAGGACAAAGGCCGUUCCCUCAAAUCGUGUCCAGUGAAAAAGAUAGAGAUAAAAGGGUUUAAAGGAACAAAGAGAGAGACGGGAAUGAUUAAGCAUUUUUUUGAGUCUUUCCCUUGUUUGAAGGAGAUGGAGAUGCAUGCCGAGGAGGAGGAUGAUCUUAGUAACUCUGAAGUUCCUGUUAAUCUUGAAUAUAUUAUGAAGAUGGUGAAUCUCUACAAUGAGUUAUCGAGUUGUCAUGUUCGCUUCGUGCCCGUGAAAUGA